GAUCAACAUUAGCAUGGCGUCGACCAAUAACUGUGCUUGAAAUACAGUCUUGGCACUUCGUAGCGAAGGGAACUCCUUUAUUUGCGCCAGGCUACAGUUUACCUUACAUUUGGAGACUGAGGUGUUGUUCAGUAUGGCAGGGCUUGUGAAGGCUAAGAAGUAUGAUUGGAAGGACUCAAACUUGGCUUUGUUCGGCUCAGACGUCGAGAAAAAUGUCAAGAAAAGUUCAGCAAUGGAGGAAAAAGCGUGGAAGGGCUGUGGUCAAAGAGUUGAGUUAAAGAUCUGGAGAAUUGUCAAAUUUAAGGUGGUAGAUUGGCCCAAGGAGGACUAUGGGAGAUUUUAUGAUGGAGACUCGUACAUCAUUCUUAAUACGUACAAAAAGGAUCCUAAUAGUGAGGAGCUUGACCAUGACGUUCACUUUUAUAUUGGCAAGUACUCCAGCCAGGAUGAGUAUGGAACAGCUGCAUAUAAAACAGUUGAACUAGACACUUAUUUGGAUGAUAAACCUAUCCAGCAUCGUGAAGUAAUGGAUCAUGAGUCUCCACUCUUCAAGAGCUACUUCAAAACCAUUUCUAAAAUGAAAGGAGGGGCUGAAUCAGGAUUCCGUCAUGUAGAACCCAAGAAAUAUGUCCCCCGCCUUGUUCAUGUGUCUGGUAAUAAGAAAGUGACGAUCAAAGAGGUGAAGUUUAAGAAAGAUUACUUGAAUGAUGAUGAUGUGUUCCUUGUUGACCUUGGACUGAAGAUAUUUCAGUGGAAUGGUGAUAAUAGCAGCAUGAAUGAAAGGUUUGCAGCAGGAAAAUGUGUAACGCAAUUAAAAUCUGAACGAGGUGGUAAACCAACUGUGGAAGUUCUUGAUAAUUGUAAGGUUGCUGAAAUACCUGAGGAGUUGUUGGAAGUCUUUCCCGAGGAAGGACAGCCUGGAACCAAGAGGUCUAAAUUUUUUACGAGAAAAGAUGAGACUGAUAGUGAUCCUGGGUACGAGAAGGUGUUGUUUAGGUUGUCAGAGGAAAGCGGUGAGAUGAAGUUUACUGAAGUUGCUCGCGGGAGGGUAACAAGGAGUCAAUUGGACAGCGACGAUGUGUUUAUCUUGGAUUCUGGAAAACACUGCUAUGUGUGGGUUGGGAGCGGCGCAAGCUCAAAUGAAAAGAAGAAUGGUUUGUCUUAUGCCCACAAUUACCUAACCAAAUCUGCAAACCCUCUUCAACCAAUCACUGUAAUUGGAGAGGGACAGGAAACAAAGGAAUUCCACGCAGCAUUCAACUAAGGGUGACACCAUGUCAAACGAAGGCAGUCUGAUCAAGAAGUAUUAAAAACAUAAAUUUGUAGUGUGUCUGGCUAAGUUUUUGGUGAAUAUGGAUAGAAUUUCGUGUGAUUUUUACUACAUUAUGCAAAAAUUCGUCUGUGUUCGCAGGCAGCUUCUGGAAGUAGGUUUCUUUGUAAUUUUGUUGCUUGUUAAUCGGAAAAUGAAACAUUACUUGUUAAUCUUGAACUUCGUUAAGGUUAAACAAGGAUUCACCGCUCUAUAUUGUUCAAGGCAUAACUGAUCACAGAUAUGAAAAUAAACCAAGGAAUUUACCGUG